AUUUAAUUUUAAUUGUGCCCCUGACGUUUGGAAACGGGGGCCUAUUGAUUCAUCGUCGCUUGACAGCUGAGACGGGACGUUUGAACUACUCUCUACUUAUUUAGUGUUUAUAUAUCGUUGAUUUGUCCCGGAUAUCGACGACACAUGCGUACUGCUCACAUAACUGGAAACUGGAGUGUCCUAUGACUGGAAUCAAUACCGCAAUAAACUAAAGCCGACUCAUCCACGACUACACUGUUUACAAAAAUGACCGAAGAAAACAUUUUCCUUUUCGUGCCAAAUCUGAUCGGGUAUGCCAGGAUAGUGCUGGCGAUAAUCUCGUUUUAUUUUAUGCCAACGCAUUAUACGAUUGCGGUGGUUUGUUAUGUGGUUUCGGCGUUGCUGGACGCCUUUGAUGGACAUGCAGCCAGAAUGUUGAAUCAGGGCACCAAAUUUGGAGGCAUGUUGGACCAGUUGACCGACAGAUGUGGUACCAUGGGUUUGUGUGCUGUUCUGUGCACAUUCUACCCCAAAUACAUGUUCUGGAUUAUUAUGUCCAUGUGUAUUGAUAUAUUUGGCCACUGGAUUUAUUUACACUCAACAAUAUUGCAAGGAAAGACCAGCCACAAAUUCAUCGACAUGUCUGAAAAUCCCAUUAUGAACAUAUACUACACCAGUAGGCCAGUCCUGUUCUUCAUGUGCGCAGGAAAUGAAGCAUUCUAUGCAUCUUUAUACAUGUUACACUUCGUACAAGGGCCAUUAAUUGCUGGUAUUGGUUUGUUUAAAAUCAUCCUGUAUCUGAGCCUUCCAGUUGCAGUGGUGAAGUCUGCGAUCACAUGUCUGCACAUUGUUGUAGCUUCCAAAAAUUUGGGUAUUAUCGAUGUGAACGACCGAAAAAAUGCCCUGAAAAAACCUAAUUGAAAUGUUGUAUUUGUGACGGGGCUAAUUUGUACUAGUCAAUUUUAGGAGCCCUGUUUUAAAUAUCAGUAGGCAAUUUUUGCCCCCUUAAUUUUUUUUUAAUCGUUUUUUAUGAGUUCUAUACAAUUUAUUAUGUCCUGAAAUGGUUGUUGUAUUUAUGGAGAAAUUUAUGUGACUCAAAUAAAGCAAUUGAGUCUAAAAA